AUGGCCAUUUUUGUACAUCAACUAUGUUUCAAUUAUACGGUUCUCAAAAUGGUGAGUCACUCUGAUGCAUACAAAGCAGCAUCAGGGAAGAAACAAAAUUCCAUCGAAAUCCUCCGCAAUUUCUGGAGAGAAAAUGAAGGCACGAUACCGAUAGUAGACCGACGUGGCAACACGAUCCUCCAUUUCCUUGCCAUCCACGGCAACAUAACUGCCAUUAAAAAGCUGGACAAGCAUGGCUUACUUACCACUGAACAGCUUAAGAAAAGUAAUGCAAAUGGCGAAAUUGCUUUGCAUGAAGCUGCGCGGUUUGGCCACAAGGAUGUGGCAGAAACAAUGCUGGAGAAGGAAGGAGAUUUAAUCAAUGCGCGCAAUGAGUUGGGAGAGACGCCGAUUUAUGUUGCUGCUGCAUUUGGGAAUAGGGCUGUUUUUGAUUUUUUUUCAAAAAUAAGUGAUGAUGAGUGGUUGAUGGGAUUGAGGACAAGAGAUGGUUGCCCUGUUCUUCAUGCUGCUGUGAAAGGAGAAUAUUAUCGUAUGUUAAUUUCUGUAUCCAUUUUUUCAUUCUUUAACUUCAAUUCAAAGUCAUAA